CCCAGGGGGCGGUUCUGCCUCUGGAUUUGACUGGGACCUGGGUGAUUCAGGGUGGGCUGGCUGGAGAAAGCUGCCUUGGGGCAGAGGCCAAGGUGGGAGGCUGGUGCUGGUCCCAGCCCGGGCAGACAGGCAUCUGACAGCAGGGCCGGGGUGGGAGUUCCCUCCUGACCAGACACAAAGGGUGUUUCCCUCCCCAGCUGGCUCUCCUGCAGGGAGCUGCAAAGCCUCCUGCCCCAGCCAGGAGGGGCUCCCUCUUCUGGUGGGCAAGUCCUUACCUGCCAAGUGCUAAAGCCAUGAGGUCACCUGAUUUUCCAUCUCCUACCUACCCAGGGGCCCUGAAGUCAGGGGGCAGGGAUGGGUGGCAGGAGCCAGAGGCAGCCGGGGAUGUGGACCACCUUUAUUGGGUGAAGCCCUGUGCUAGGCGAACUCUUGGCACAUCUCCAGUCCUCCAAAGAACCUUCUGAAGUGGACGUCAAUAGCCCCAUUUUACAAUGAGGGAGACUGGAGCCCAGGGAGGGCGACUUGCUUGGGGUCGCAUGUAAUAGCGGUGCUAGGAUUCCAAAUCAGCCCUUCUCCACCUCUGUUCCCUCGGACAGAGGGACCGUAGACUGUGGGGCCAGAUUGGAAGGUUGAGGCCUGGAAAGGGAGUCACACUGGCAGUGGCAGGGGUGGGGGUGGGCAGUUGCUGGGUUGCCCCUACACCUGGUCUAGGGACCUCCCAGAUACUUGCCCUGUGCCCAGGGCUCUGAGCCGGAGCAGGACAGGCUAAGCCAGAGGCCAGGCAGGAGCACCAGCCCUGUGCCCAGGGCCAGAGGGAGGGCAAGAGGAAGUGCCCGGGCUGGUUGGCACCUUCUCCCCACCCCCAUCCUCCGUCCAGCCCCUAGUGACCUUUCCCCCAGAUCCCAGGAUCCAGGCCCGCCCCAAGGUGGGAGGUGUGGAGACCGAGGCAGCUAGGAUUGGACAGAGCCAGCGGGGGCGUGUCCCAGGCACAGCAGACCCGGGCAGCUGAGCAGAGCAGGUGGACUCCAGGCAGAGCAGCAGCUUCCAGGCAUCCCUAGGCCUGUCCAACUGGGACCCCUGUCCUCUAAACAUGGCCUCAGGCACCCUGGAGCUCCAGCCCUGUGGCCCUGCGGGGACACAGGCAGCCUAAACACCACCAGCCCAGGGUCCGUGCCAUGCCCCUGCCCCAGCCUCAGCAAGCCCCUGGCACAGAGGCCAUGGAGACGGUGCCCCCAGCUGUGGACCUGGUGCUGGGCGCCUCGGCCUGCUGCCUGGCCUGUGUCUUCACCAAUCCCCUGGAAGUGGUGAAGACGCGGCUGCAGCUGCAGGGGGAGCUGCAGGCCCAGGGCACCUACCCACGGCCCUACCGGGGCCUUGUGUCCUCUGUUGCCGCCGUGGCCCGAGCCGACGGGCUGUGGGGCCUGCAGAAGGGGCUGGCCGCCGGCCUGCUGUACCAGGGCCUCAUGAACGGCGUCCGCUUCUACUGCUACAGCCUGGCGUGCCAGGCCGGCCUCACCCAGCAGCCGGGUGGCACCGUGGUCGCCGGCGCUGUUGCUGGGGCACUGGGAGCCUUCGUGGGGAGCCCGGCUUACCUGGUGAAAACGCAGCUGCAGGCCCAGACGGUGGCUGCGAUGGCCGUGGGGCACCAGCACCAUCACCAGAGCGUCUUGGGUGCCUUGGAGACCAUCUGGCAGCAGCAGGGCCCGUCGGGGCUAUGGCGGGGCGUGGGUGGGGCCGUGCCUCGAGUCAUGGUGGGCUCUGCCGCCCAGCUGGCCACCUUCACCUCAGCCAAGGCCUGGGUGCAAGAGCGACAGUGGCUCCCAGAGGACAGCUGGCUGGUGGCCCUGGCUGGAGGCAUGAUUAGCAGCGUAGCCGUGGUUGCCGUCAUGACCCCCUUCGACGUGGCCAGCACGCGACUGUACAAUCAGCCGGUGGAUGGAGCUGGCAGGGGCCAGCUGUACGGGGGCCUCGCGGACUGCCUGGUGAAGAUCUGGCGGCAGGAGGGCCCCCUGGCGCUCUACAAGGGUCUGGGCCCGGCCUACCUGCGCCUGGGCCCCCACACCAUACUCAGCAUGCUCUUCUGGGACGAGCUGCGGAAACUGGCCGUGCGGGCCCGGCACCGGGGCACCUAGGCCACGCCCUCACCCCACACCCGGACACAGCCCGGCACUUGCCCGGCGGGACUGGCCGCCCCAGAGUGGGCCAUGUGCCCAGGCCCUGCCACAGGACUGGGGGAACGCGCACAGCCCAUGGCCCAGCCAGCGCCAGAGCAUCCACUCCAAGUUAUUACCGACUCUGCUCUCCAGAAAGUUCUCUUCCUUCCCUGUACUGAGCCAUUGCAUCCCAGAGCUUUAUUCCUCGGUAUAACAGCUGCUGCGGGCAUGAGCCCAGUGCCUUACACGUGUCAGCUUGCUCAGUCCUCACACAGCAGCACGAGACAGUAAAUCCUCUUUUACCAUAAGGAAGCUGAGGCUGAGAGAGGUGACAUGGCUUUGCCCAAAGCCACACAGCUUUGCAGUGGCAGAGCCAGGACGGGAACCCAGGUCUGCCCACCCUGGACCUGUGCCCCUGAUGAGGGCCCUGCCGCAUCGGGACCGUGGGAUCGCGGUACCAUGGGGACACCCGGGUGCAGGGGAGGCCACGGCGUCGUCAUCUAUGUUGGUUGCUCAGGCUGCCAUCACAAAGUGCCACAGACCAGGGGACUUAGACAAUGGAAAUCUGUUCUCACAACUCUGGAGGCCAGAAACCUGAGAGCCGGAUGUCAGCAGGGCUGGUUCCUCCGAGGGCGCCUUCUCCCUGUGUCCUCUCGUGGUCGUCCCCCUGCGUGUGUCUGUGUCCCAAUCUCCUCUUCUUGUAAGAACACCAGCCAUGUUGGACUGUCAUGGUCAUGAGGCCACCGCAUGACCUCAUUUGACUUCAUUAUCUCUGCAAAGGCCCCAUGUCCACGCACAGUCACAUCCUGAGGUCCUGGGGGACAGGACUUCAACAUACAAAUUUUGGGGGACAAAAUUCAGCUCCUCUCAGGGCUUUUGCUGAGGGCCACCCAGGGCCCGGUGCUGUGGGCAUUUGUUGCACGGAGCCUGAGGUUCUUCAGGAGCCCUGGAGUGCCCGUUGUCCAGAUGAGGAGACCGAGGCCGGGAAAGGAAGUGACAAAUCAGGGUGGAGCCCGUGGCUGGGGGAGCAGCAGGCGGCUGGGGGAGCAGCAGGCGCCCGGCCCUCUCCAGGCCCACACACGCCCCGCGUCAGGCUCUCAGCGCCAUGCGCCACCAUGACACUGCAGCGGGGACCCCAGCCCCCUGGAAGGGGCAGCACUGGCCGGGCUCAAGCUGCCCCACCUGCCUUCCCUGCUGCACACUCCAAGUCAAUAAACUUUUCUAUUUUGUUUA